GAUUAAAAAGGGGACAGGUGGAGUCGCAGAAUAAGGGAGGUGAGUGCGACUACAAAAAGCUCGUGUCUCCUUUGCUUUCCCCAACUCAACUCACAAAUUCACAACAGAUGCGUGUGCCAUCAACAAAACUUAUAACACGUGUCAUUUCCUUACCUGUCCUUUCUUCUCCUUUUUAUCUUUCUUUCUCUUCCCUUCUCUCAACUCUCUCUCUCUCUCAACUACUGCUGCGUCAUGGAACCUUUGGACGAUGAGCAAGUCCUCGAAUCCGACUUCGCUUCCAUUAGUUCUGGUUCAGGCAUUUCUUCAAUAUUCAGCACUGAGGAUUUCCGGAACAUCAACAGCUCCGGCGACAAUUCCUCUAUCAGCAGCGGCUCCGGCGAGAUUCUGGCCCUCGCAGUGAACGAGGCGAUUCUUUCUCCUCCGUUGCUUUACCGCUCUUUGCCGGCUGAGUUUGCGGAAGUGGCGGUGAGAGAGAAGUGCGUCGGAAGGAAUAACAAGGGAGUGAGUUGGGGACACACUUCGGUGAUUGGGAGGCGGAGAGAAAACGAAGACGCCGUUGCCGUUAUUCCAGGAUUCAUGUCACAGACAUGCGAUCACGUCGGCGGUUGUACGGCUCCCGGCUCCAGAUCUUCCGUCGAGAUCUCCCCCGUUCAUUACUUCGGCGUUUACGACGGCCACGGUGGCUCUCAGGUGGCUAAAUUUUGUGCCAAGAGGAUGCACGAUGUUAUAGCAGAGGAGUGGGACCGAGAAAUCGCAGGUGGCGCUGAAUGGCGGAGAAGGUGGGAAGCUGUGCUUGCUAAUGGCUUUGAGAGGACUGACAAUGAAAUCCUAUCAGACGCAGUUGCACCAGAAAUGGUAGGAUCUACUGCCUCUCUGGUGGUUCUAUCUGGUUGCCAAAUUAUUACAUCCAACUGCGGCGACUCGAGGGUAGUUCUUUGCCGAAGGACUGAAACAAUCCCCUUGACAGUGGAUCAGAAGCCAGAUAGACAAGAUGAACUCUUGAGAAUUGAAGGAGGAGGAGGAAGAGUCAUAAACUGGAAUGGAGCUAGGGUGUUUGGUGUUCUUGCCAUGUCCAGGGCUAUAGGUGAUCGGUACUUGAGGCCUUGGAUUAUUCCUGUGCCGGAGAUAACUUUUACAGCAAGAACCGACGAGGAUGAAUGCUUAAUUUUGGCAAGUGAUGGACUUUGGGAUGUAAUGACCAAUGAAGAGGUUGGAGAAGUAGCGCGCCAUAUGCUUAGAAGGCGCCGCAGAUCCUUGUCAAUGGAGGAAAUAUCUCCUGCACAAGUUGUUGCGGAUAGCCUGACUGAAAUUGCGUAUGGUAGAAACAGUAAAGAUAACAUUUCGAUCAUAGUUGUUGAUCUGAGAUCAAAGAGAAAACGUCAGCAAAGGUCUCCUUUAAUUUCCUAAGAAUCCAAUUCUCUUUCAUCUUUUGAACCUUGAGAAGGGCAAAAGGAUGGUAAUGAAGUUCUAGAGUUGAUCUAUAAACAAAUAGACUAUUUUGUCUGAUGACCCCAUUGGUACUUGUUAUCAGUUAUCACUUCAACUUUGUGUUUCUCCUAACCUGCUGUACAGAGUUGACUGUCAGAAAGAAUCUGCUUCAUGACAAGUGACAACUAGCUUGAGCUCGCUAGUUAUGAUGAAGUAUAGAUCAAUACUCAAUUUUUCUGGGUUUGGUUCCUAACUGUUAUGUUUGGAUUGAUAAAAAAGAAAUAGAAUGGAGAGAAAUGGAACGGAAUAUCAAAGGUUACCAUUGCUUGAAUUUCUUAAAAUUAGAAGAAAUGU